AUGGCCAAAUCAGCUUUUGCUUCUCCCUUUCGGUACCUUUCCAGCUUGAUGAGCUCGCCUUUGGCUCUGAUGACCCGCUCUGAGAACCCCACGACCUCAUCUCAGGACAACGACCCCGGUUAUACCCCAAGCCCCGAAAUCCGUGCGGGAUCCCAUGACUCUGCUAGUUAUGCCAAGGGCAAAAGAAAGGCCGAGGAAGAGGACCACUUUGGGCCGCCGAAGACCAAGAGACGUGCGAUAAGCAUGGAUCGGGACGCUUUCAUACCAUACCGGAAUAACAGUGAUUCUGAUCACAGCCCAUCCGCACCAACCAAGAGCAUAAGGACAAAGGCGGAGGUGGACCGUACCUUGAUGCCGCCUCCAGUGACACCUCACAUUCGGAUGAGGCCUCUGCUCACUGGGCACCCCUACCCUAUUGCCAUGCAGGACUUACAGAGUAGGAACCUCGACGACGAUUCUAUAUCCUUCGCGUCAACCGCAAUGGCAAGGAGAAAGAUGGAUAAUAUAGAUGACGACAUGAUGGAGGAAGCAAGACGACAUGCUGCAGCAGUGACUUUGCCCGCGAAUUCAGGACUCUGGUCCCAGGCAGAACGGGAACUCUUCUUCCACCUCGCCUAUCGUGGUUUCGAAGCUCUUCUUCCGCAGAACUGGAUGAUCGAUUUCGACACGCUACCGAUCAGCGUGUUUGCGCACGAAAACUCGACAGACCCCCCGCUUAUCCAAAACAUCCGAGAUAAUCAAUUCAGGGCGAGCCAUGCGCUCCGUCGACUCUUCGAGGCUGGCCACGAUAUUCGAGAUAGAACCCAUGUUAGCCCAGGAGCCUCAAGAGAAAGGAUACUGGAACAGUCCGUGAAAAGGUAUCUCUACUGGGCUCUAACAGAUAUUGGUCUUCGCCCAAUAUCAAAGACCAACUACAUUCCAGUCCAUGUUGUCGUCGCAAGGAAGAAAGGCCGAUCUACACUGCAGACGCUCGAGGAGAUAACAAACAAGCUACAGAAGCUUUCACGGCGACAUCAAACAGCUCAGAAUAUCCAUCUCAGCAUCGAGACAAGUUUCACCGACACGGAUGAAACUCGAGUAGUCGACGAUGAUGCAUCGUCACCUACCCUCAUCGGUUUCGUAAUUAUCUCCUCGGUUCUCGUCAUUGUGACACUCAGCCCUUUCCCCACAAUUACGCCAGACAAGCAAAAUAAGCAAACGGUUUCUCCAUCUAUCGGAGAACCCUCACUUCAGGACGGUGUCAGCGUCAGCCCCGAUAGGCUCCGCAUCAUUGCCGAAUUGGAUUUCAGCCAGAGGGACCAAGAUGUAUGGAAUGCUCUGGGCGUGGCGAUUACGGCCAUGCAGAUACGCAGAGAGGCCCUAAAGGUGAAUCAGGGACUCACAAUUGAUGACUUGAGGAGAGUUAACUGGGACGGGAUGUUGGAUGCCAGUUCCAUGUACCAGGGCGAUUUUGAAGGAACGAGUACUCUGUCAAGGUUACAGUUGGAUGACAACGAUCCUGACAUCUAA